AGAGAAUCACCACUUCAAAUUACUUUCUCUAACAUUUCUUGAAAUAAUCUGUAAACAUCAAAAUAUUAGCCCUUUUUUUAAAAGGAAUUAAAUUCAGGUCUGUAUUAACAAAAAAAAAAGGAAGAGAAGGGUUUAGGUGUGUUGUGGUUUAGGGUAUGAAAUUCUUGUUGGAGCUUGUCGUGCCUUGUUUUGGUUCGCAGCAGUUCCACCAAUCCGCCGCAUCCGCGGAUGAUUCACUUUCCGUCGAAACGCAGUCGCUGAUGAAACAGCGUAGGCGGAGGAAACGCGUUAGAGUUGCGGGUCAACCGGGACAAGUGGCAGAGUGGAGACCGUCCCUCAGCGUGAUCUCGGAGAACAAGCCGGCGAUAACGGAGAAGUCGGAAAAGGUUGAAGAAGAGAGGAAAGUCCGUCGGAAAAGUGAAAGCAACGGCGGAGAAGCGUCGUCCCGAUCCGGUGGUGGUCAUGUUCGUUUCAGCAGUAACGAUUUCGGGAGAAAUGCUUUCGAACCAGUAAUUCCGGCGUUCUCACCGACUCCGUUCAUGUUUUGAGUUUCAGUUUCUUGUUAAGUUUGUGUAUCCAUAUAGUAAUGGAACGAUGUAGCAUUAAUGUAUAUAUUUCUUUCAUAUUUAUCUUCUGCCACCGAUUAUAUAUAUUAUAAACUUAUGCGAAGCUCAAACAAAAAGAGUUUGUCUAUGUUGAAUACGUUUGAG